CUCUCUCCUCUCUUCAUCCUCCACUCUGUUCAUCACUCUGCUGAUCACACAGACAACAUGCUGCCAACCCUCUGUGCUCUCCUCCCUGCUCUGACAUGGGUCAGUUCACAGAAAGUUCUGACACAAACCCCUUCAGUACCAACUGACCAGGGCAGAACUAUCAGCCUGGACUGUAACAUCGCAAAGGAUGAAAGCAACUAUGUCUCCUGGUAUAAACAGAUUCCACAAGCAGCUCCUCAGUUUGUGUUGAGAUUUUAUCAUUCUCACAGCUCUCCUAAUCAAUAUGGAGAUAAUUUUCCAUCUUCACGCUUCACAUCUAAAGCUUCUUCGAGCAUCGAUUACCAGUUAAUAAUCAAUAAUGUGGAGGUAGGAGACUGUGCAGUGUAUUACUGUGGAACGUGGGACGACUCCUUUAGAGGCGCAGUAACACACACUGUGGUAUUCGGCCAAGGAACAAAGCUGAUCGUCACUGACUCUGCUCUCCCGGCUCCUGUUCUGACCAUCUUCCCUCCAUCCAGUGAAGAGCUGAAAUCUAACAAAGCCACUCUAGUGUGUUUGGCCAAUGACAUGUCAAGUGGUUUUGCUGAUGUGCGUUGGCUGGUGGACAGAAACCCGAUCAGCAGUGGAGUGACCACUGGCUCUGCAGAGCAGCAACCCAAUAAGAAAUUCAGACUGAGCAGCUAUUUGACCAUUGAGAGAUCAGAGUGGGAUAAAGAUAAAGCCAUAACAUGUGAAGUGUCUGCUGCCUCAAAAGCCACAACUAAAGAGAUUAAGAAGUCUGAAUGCAGCGACUGAACCUGAUCACAUCUGAUACAUUUUCAUUCUUUUCACGCAAACUAACAGUUACUACUUGGCAGAGCUUCAUAGAAACAGUAGUUUAAUGUGUAGUGAAAGAUGCUGAUUUCAUUAACUACAACUGGAUCAUCUCCUGCUUAUGGAGUCAUUUGACUUUUAUGUUUAUGAACAAAGCUGUUUGAUGAACUUUAAUAAAAUGCAUAACUAAAAAACUUUGUUGUCCAUUUUUCAUGGUGAUGGAGAAACAGUAUGAUGUUCUAGACAUUAAAUCAGAGAGACUUCAGCACAGAACCAGCAUAAUGAAACAAAUGUAGCUGUAAAGAAUAACAGUGAGAACGACUAAAAGAGUGAAACAGGUUUAUACAGCAUUAUAAAAUGAUCAGAUUUUAUUCUGGCUGUAUAGUGAACAGAGCUUUGGAGACUCAGUUACAAGGAGAUGGUGUGAUAUCUAUGGUUACUGAUGAUGUAAAAGGAUGAUCUAAAGCAGAUCAGAGUCAGUGAUCACUGUCUAGACAAGUGUAGUAAAGAGAGUGAAUUCUAAUGGAAUUCUCCUAUGAGAGAUUCAGAUCUUGAGGCUUAAACUAAACUGAACAAGAGCUAAAAGACUGAAGUUCAGAUCACAACACUGUGGAGCUUUUACUGAAGUUUUACUGGCACUGACACAACAGAUACACACACUAAAAUAUGAGAGAAAGUGAAGGAGCUCAUAGAGAUGUGUGUGAGUGAGGAGAUUUCUCAAAGGAAGCGGUUCAAAUGGAAAUCUGCAGACAGCAAGAAGAGAUAAAGGUGGAAAAUGACUCCUACAGAAUGAUGAACAGAUGAUGAGGCUGAUUAGUGGAAGAGGUUUCAGACUAAAUUACAGUGAGAUAUUGUGUGUUUAUCAUCAGUGUUGAUGCCACUGAAAAUGUAUGUGGUUGAUUUAAAAUAUAUCAGAGUUUCUGAUCGAUGUGCAGUCAGUUGUAACUAAAGGAGUGAAUAAAUAAGGCCUCGUAUGGAGGGUGGAGUAAAGUGGAUGUGGAGCAGGAUUUGGGAAUGUUGUGUAGAGCGCCAUCUGUCAGCAGAAGCGUAAACUGCAGUCUACUGUUCAGCAGGAGAGAGGAUCACUCAGUAGGGCAAGAAGACCAGAGUUUGAUGAGUUUCAGUGACAUUUUGGUGGAUUUGUACUUUUCUAAGUAUUUUCAAGUGAUAACACUCUUAAUUGCACUGACAUAUUAGUCAAUAAUGGAGUUCAAUUGUUUCUAAGUUCCAUUUUAGCCCUUCACACAUAGUUCCUCAUUUCUUUUUGAGUUUAAUUUCAUUCUGUUCUGUUGGUGAGAGUUUCUGUUGUGCUGUUACUCACAUUUUUUUUUCUUAUUGAAUUAAAUCAUAAUAUUUCUACAGCACUUUGAAUUUCUUAAUACUGUUGAACACAAUGCUUGAAUGAUGAUGCUGUUUUAAUGAAUCAGAUUUUUGUUUCUAAUUUUUCUUCUCCUGUUUUCUCUGUGUUAAAGUGAGUGUGAGAGGAGAGACUGUAGGUGGCAGUGAAAGAUCAGAGAGAGCUGAACUGACGUGGAGAUUUCCCCAAGACGAUUCAGUCCACUAAUCAGUGUGAACCUCCUCUCUCACUCAGGAUACACCUGCUGCACCACUCUGUCAUUUUAGUUCUGUGUAAAUGAGGACGUUUCUCUGCAUCACAUCAGAAUUAGACACAAACAAAUGUAGUCAUUUCAGAAUAACAGAGAAACAAAUGCAGUAUGUAUAAAAAAUGCAUUUCCAUACAAAAUAAUGAAUAAUACUAAUACAUUUUAAACAAUGCCAUGUGAAGAAAAUUAGUUAUAAUUGUUUUACUGUGAAUUAAACAAAAAAUGUAAAUAUUAAAUACAAGUAUUCCAUAAAGGUGUCAAGAUUAUCAGUGUGCUGAUGGUGUGUUAGUAGACUUGCAAAUGUUUAACAGAUAUUUGUAGAUGAUUUAUCGAUGUAUUUUCUAGGAUAUCAAUUUGAUAUUGUGAUAUAACACUGAUAAAUGUGUUUUUACUACA